AUGAGACCCCUGCUGUUGCUGUUAGUGAUUCCUGGCGUUGCACUGUCUGCGAGGAUCCUGGGCAUCAACCCCUCGGCGUCCAUCAGCCACCAGAAGCCGUUCCUCAUCAUCAUGCGGGCUCUCGCAGAGAGGGGACACCAGGAUCCGCCAAAAAAUUUGACUCAAAUUGAUAUGUCAUUUACAUAUCCGAGAGAAGGUCAAUUGAUGGACGUUAAGGAAACGAUGCUGAAUGUAUUAAAAUCUCCUCCAGAAAAGCUAGCUGAGGUGCUGCUUCCUUACAACGAAAUGUUGUGCGAUGCCCAUUUCAACCAUUCUGAAAUAAAGGAGCUACUGAGGCAGGAGCAGAAGUUCCAUUUGGUCAUCAUGGAGACUGUGACUGUGUUCUGCUAUUUUGGAUUUGUUCACCAACUGGGCUCGCCACCGGUUGUCGGCUUCCUCUCGGCUGGUGUCCCUGGCACUCUGAGUUACGCCAUGGGAGACUACGUGAACCCAGCAUACAUGACGGAUAUCAUGACGUCCUACAGUGACCAUAUGACAUUCUGGCAGAGGCUGCAGAACACGCUUUCCUUCCUCAGCUACCAAGAGAACAUGAAGCAGUUCUCAGCAGUAUUCCGUGAGCACCAGGAGACGUCCAUGGAUCAUGCUGUGUGGUGGGUGGAGUACGUGAUCCGCCAUCAGGGGGCCCCUCACCUGCGCAGCGCAGCCCGGAACCUGAGAUGGUGGCAGCUGCUGCUGCUCGACGUCAUAGCCUUCAUACUGGCUGCCACGUUUGUCGCCGUAUUUCUGCUCUACAAAGUGGUCCGCUGGCUCUUAAUUGCACAGAAGCAUCCACAGAAGCAGAAGACCAAUUGA